AAGAGCGUUACCAUAAUUUCGUACUUUUCGUCCUCGACCAUAUUCCGUAGUCGUAGCCGAAUCACACGCGUGAAAAAUAGGUUUCCAGACCAAGUUAUCUGAGGAGAACCUGGAAAGUAGAUAAAAUGGGAGGUCAAGCGAAGAGUAAAAAGAAAAACAAACCAAGAAGGAAAGAACGACAUCCAGACAGAGACCCUGAGCAGAGAGGCUUAUCUGGUCAAGAGAGGAUGAAGUUCAAGAUGCAGGAAAAAGCCAAGAAGAAAACUGCUGAGAAGUACUCUACUGAACAGUUACUGGAAAAGACUGAAGAAUGCAUUGAUAACUUCAAUUUUGAAAUGGCCCAGAUGUUCUGUCAGCGUGCUCUGGACAUCGAACCAACAAAUCUUAAAAUCCUAGACAUGCUGGGAAACAUUUGUGCAGAGCUUGGAAAUGUGGAAAAGGCCAAGCAAGUGUUCCUGAAAGCUGUGGAGCUGAGUCCAGAGGAGGGACACAGCAAGUACAUGUACCUGGGCCAGAUUCACACUGGCAUGGAGGCUGUGCAGUACUUCAGCAAAGGCAUUGAGGUCAUGCUCAACGCGCUGGAGGAGCGGACGCAGUCGGCCGAAGGGGCGGCAGCUGCUGUCUCGGACCGCGACCCAGAACUGACGGGGAAGGACGUGUCAGUGGCCUUCUGUUCGGUGGCAGAGAUAUUCUUCACUGACCUCUGUAUGGAGGAGGGUGCUGCGGAUAAGUGCAAAGAGGCCAUCGAGAGAGCUUUACAGUAUGACCCAGACAACCCAGAAGCCCUGCAGCUGAUGGCCAGCUAUCUCUUCAGCACGGAGAACGUUCAGGAGGGGCGGGAGUUCCUGAUGCGGAGCGUGGCGCUGUGGCUCCCGAGCCGGACGAGCGAGGCUCAGCCGUGUGGGCGAGAGGAAGACGCGGAGGACGAAGAACACCAGCAGAGUGGCAUUCCACCAUAUGAGUCCAGAAUAACGACAGCCAAGCUGCUGGUGGAGGCGGAAGAAUACGAGACUGCCAGCGAGGUCCUCGAGGGACUUCUGGAGGAAGAUGAUGAGGUUGUGCAGGUUUGGUAUCUGUUGGGAUGGGCCUGCUAUCUUCAGACAGAGAAGCCGGAGGAGCCCGAGACCUUCAAAGAGUCUGCGCGGACGUACCUAACCAAAGCCAAAAAGCUGUACAUGAAGCUGGGGUGUGAUGAUCCCGCCAUGCUGGAACACACAGAGCAGCUGCUGGGAGAGCUGGGCCCUGGAGACAAUGUGGCGGACUCUGGGGAUGAGGAUCUCCCGCUGGAGAACAUCGGCGACGACUUCGUGGAGAGCAGCGAGGACGAGGACGCCAUGGAGCACUAACAAAGAACAAAUCUGUCUCCUGCCUGCUCUCCCGCCUUCUCUUUCUCUCGCUCCGUCCCUCCCUCCCUCCUGCAAUCUCUCUCUCCCACCCACCUCCUACUUUCUCUAUUGUCGUCCCUGUGUCCCUCUUUCUCUCUUUCCCCAGUCCUUUUUUCCCUUUCAGUCUUUCUCUUUCUUUCUUGCCCUCUCUCACAUCCUCUGUCUCUGCCACCCCCCCCCCCCCCCCAAUUCCCUGUCCUUGCUCAGUUCAGUUCAGUUUAAUUGCGCUUUUCUGGUUGAACAUUACCAAAGCACAGGGUUGCCAAAGCAGACACAUACAGUACAAUAGACGUUUUACUGCAAUCAAACUAAUAAUAAAAAAACUGAAAAACUGAAAAAUAAAUUUCUACCAUUACUGUUAUGAAUUUUGACAGGUGUUUAUGCCCCCUCCUUCUAGGCAUCUUACUCUCCAUUACUCUGUCUUUCUCCAACUCUCUGCGAUGUGCCUUUACUUCCAUAUGUAAUGUAAAUACCGCAGCAGAUAUGAUUUUCUUAGUCCAUGUCUUAUCAUAUGUUUUUUGUAUAACAGACCUCUUGAUGAGGGGUGAUUUGUCUGACCAGUCUUCUGAAGAAUCUGAAUUCCCCUUAAACAGAGUAUUGUGGGCUGGUACAUGAGUAGUCAUAUGGGACUAAAAAUUAAUUGAUGAUACAGUACAUUGAUGACUGCACAUGAAGUCUGUUGUCCAUGAAAUGUCUUGACAUGACAGGACAUCUUUAUAGGAUGAUGAAAGGAUCGCAUAAUGUAUUAGGAGAAAUUUUGUUCUCGGGUGAGACAUAAUGCACGGUUAAUCUUCUCAAUAAUCGAAACAUGCUCAUGAAUGAAUUAUAAACUCUUCAUUUGUGCCACAUGAAGGUUCUAUGAACAUGUAUUUUAUAACUAUUUCAGAUGUUGAAUAUGGAGAAGGAAAAACUCCAUGCCAUUUGAGUACUCUUAGUGUUAUAAUUACUGUGCUUCCACCAAACUUAAUAAUGGCUCCAUUUUAAAAAGUAAGAGCACUUUUUUUAAUGAUCUAUUACAGGCACUCAAUCUUUGUAUAUUACUUUGAAUUAGGGGGUCGAUCAAUUAUGACUAGCUUCAGAUCUAGUCUCAGUUUCUGUUGAAAAGAGACAUAUAUUUUACAAAAUACUGACCCGUUUAAAAAAGGACAGAAAAUAAUUAAAGCAGACCAUUAAAGGAAAUUAAACCAGUGACAUUGUUUAAUAAAUUUUCACAUUUGAGGAAGAAUAACUGGGAAUGAUUAUCUUCCAAUUAGAAACCAUAGUUAACAGUAUGAAAGCAGUCAAAUGUAAUUUCUCAUUCUUCGGGCAAUGCAUUAAUGGUUUGUAUAGAUAUCUCCAUUAAUUAAAUCUCAAAGCGAAGAUCUGUAAUGCUAAAAUGGACACUCUACCUUUUCUCUCUGUGAUAUUCUAACACUUAAAAGUCAACAUUAAUCUCCAUAGAAAGUGGUUUACCACUGUUAAAUGGGCUUAUGUUAUAUUAUAUGUGCCGAACUUGCUACAGCAUCCACUGUAUAGGAAAAUAAAAAAGAAUGGAAAACA